AUGUCGGUCGCUAUUCGGUCCCUUGGUUCUGUCCUCAGCGAUGAGCUUCAUUGCUUGUUCACCACCUUCUCCCCCUCUUACAACGCGAUGGCGUGGGCUACGUUUCUCUCGCAGGCUUUGCUUACCGUCACCAUAGCGGGCGACAUCACUCCCAAAGCCGUCCCCGGGCCCGAGAAGGCUAGUGCUGUGUUUGAUGCUUUCGUGAGCUUCUCCCUCGAGUUCGCCUUUUUUCCGGACUUCGCUGGAAACACCUCGGCGCCGAACAAGUUUUCGGACAAUCUGCUUGCGAACUUGGGUAACUUGCAAGGCGUUCGUCCCUAUAUCCGAGUAGGAGGAAACACUCAGGACUACGCCCUAUACAACGAGACGCUUCCGUUCGCUGUCAACGGCACCUACGACUUUGCAAGAUCGAGGGACUACCCGACCACCAUCCAUAUUGGCCCUUCUUUUUUCGAAUCCUACGGCACGUUUGCAGACACCAAGUUCGCCCACGGCUUCAACCUCGGCCUGGGCGCCAAUCGCUCCGAAGGAUGGGAAACGCUGAAAGCCACCGUGCCGUUGGCAUGCAAAGCCAUUGGCAAGGAUAAGCUCGAUGUCUGGGAGUACGGAAACGAGCCAGACCUCUUCUCCACCUCAGCCCAAGGUCCCGUGCGACCCCCGUCGUGGAAUGAAUCCAUCUACGUCGAGCAGUGGCUCAACGGGACGCGCGAGAUUGCCAACAUCAUCGCAGAAGCGUGUCCUGAUUUCCCCAAGCCGGUCUUCAUGGCGCCAUGCAACGCGGGAACAGCCAACAGGCUUCGUGCCCCUGCGCAAUGGGCUGCUGGGUUGAACACUGACAAAAACGUCGCCAUGUUCUCUACCCAUAACUACAUUAGCGGCGCCGAGAGCCCCGGGGUCACCCUUCAGGGAACUCUGAUGAACCACACUCGAACCGUGCAGUCCGUCCAGUCACACGUGAUAGAAUACACCAACAUGACGGAUCGCUUUGACGAUGUCCCGCCGCACAUCCUGGGAGAGCACAAUUCGCUCUAUAACCAAGGCAAGCCGGGACUGUCCAACUCCUUCGGAGCUGCCCUUUGGGGCGUUGACUUCAACCUCUAUGCCGCCUCACAGGGAAUCAAGCGCAACCACAUGCACAUGGGGACUGACUAUAGGUAUCAAAGCUGGCAGCCCGUCGACACGAAUACAACGGCCAUCGGCACCAAGGCACCAUACUAUGGCAACAUUGCCAUCGCCGCCUUCCUUGCGCCGCCCCAAACCCCAGGCCCUGUUUCCGUCGCGAACAUCCCGCUUGACGAGGACGACGAGCAGUCCGCCGCCUACGCGGCCUACCACGGCGACACACUCGCCCGUCUCCUUGUCGUCAACCUCCACGCAUACAACUCAACCAUCAACGGUACGGGAACCACCCCGAAUCCAAACCCCAAAAGCCGCAAUAUUUUCGCGUACAGCUUCGAAGUGCCAUGGAACACGGGCCUCGCGAACGUGCGGCGGCUGUACGCAAACGGGAGUGAUGCGAUUACGGGUAUCACAUGGGAUGGGUGGAGUUACAACUACGAACUCAACGAGGGGAAGCCCGUCAAGCUGGACAAUGUGACAGUGGGGGAGUAUGCCUUGGUUGAAGGAGGCCGGGUGACGUUUACCGCCUCGGCAAGCGAGGCUGUUAUCGUUAGUCCCGAGGGUGGAUGUAGAAAGCGUUCUUAG